CUGCAGGUUUAGCCCUUUCGUUUGCCAUUGUUGCGGAAAUGGCGUCGACAGCAGCGGCGGCGGCGACUAAGAUGCAUCUGAUCAAGGGAGAUCGCCACCUCUACGCGAAGUCGGACGACAGCGUGGUAGUGAAGCAAAUCCUUGCAACGCACUCCCCCGACGGCCGUGACAUCGAUACCAUGCCGCUGUUGAAACUCGUGGAGGACAUACUGCAGCGGGCUACCCCUACUGUCAUCGUGACGCCGCAAGCUCAUCUGGAGCUUGUGGAAGACAAAGCGCAUCAUCUUGAAGUUGUGGGAAUGCUUGAAGCCCUGGCCUACACCAUCCACAAGAUAUCUUGCGAGUUGACCUGCAAGUGCUCCGGCGGAGGCGACGGGCACGCGACAACGUUAUCCCUGUUCAACUCACUAUCAAACUACUCUUGGGAUGCAAAAGUAGUGAUAGCACUGGCGGCGUUUGCUGUGAGCUACGGGGAGUUCUGGCUGACUGCCCAGCUCCACACAGUCAAUCCUCUGGCGAAGUCGGUGGCGCUCCUCAAGCAGCUGCCUGACAUUCUCGAGCACACCGAGGCCCUCAAGCCUCGGUUCGAUGCCCUCAACAACCUCAUCAAGGCAAUGGUGGAUGUCACCAAGUGCAUCGUCCAGUUCAAGGAGCUGCCUUCUGAGUACAUCUCGCCCGACGCCCCUGACAUGGCCAUGGCCUUGGCGCACAUCCCCACUGCCGUCUACUGGACCAUCAGAAGUGUCGUAGCUUGUGCUUCUCAGAUCAUUUCCCUCAUAGGCCUGGGUCAUGAGCAUGUCAGCUCCACCAGCGAAGCAUGGGAGCUCUCAAGUCUGGCUCACAAACUCAGCAACAUCCAUGAUCACCUCACCAAGCAACUUGAACUGUGCUACCGACACAUUGGUGAGAAGAAGAACAUUGAAGCAUACCAGACGCUGGUGCAUCUCUUCCAGACUGUGCACAUCGAUAACAUGAAGAUCCUCAAGGCACUCAUGUACUCCAAGGAUGAUCUACCGCUGGUAGACGGGACUACCAAGAGAAGAGUUAGCGUCGACGUACUGAGGAGGAAGAUUGUGAUGCUUUUCAUCUCCGACCUCGACAUCUCCCAGGAGGAGCUCUUUGUUCUGAUACAGAUAUACAGUGACACGCACCAAGGGAAGAUCGAACGGCACUACGAGAUCGUCUGGCUGCCCAUCAUCGACAGGCACGUUCCGUGGGGAGGUGCCAAAGAGGAGACCUUCAACCGCUUGGCUUCCAUGAUGCCGUGGUACUCGCUGCACCACCCCUCGUUGCUGGAGCCACCAGUGAUCAAGUAUAUACGGGACGUGUGGCACUUCGACAAGAGGCCAAUGCUGGUGGUGUUGGACCCUCAGGGGAAGGUCGUUUGCCCUAAUGCCCUCCACAUGAUGUGGAUUUGGGGAAGCCUUGCCUUCCCCUUCACCAGCAACAGGGAGGAGGCGCUCUGGAAGGAUGAGACGUGGCGGCUCGAGUUCCUGAUCGACGAAAUCGAUCCUGUGAUGCUUGGAUGGGUGAAAGAAGGCCGCCAUGUCUGCCUGUAUGGAGGAGAGGACAUCGAGUGGAUACGGAGGUUUACCACGUUGAUGAGGCGCGCGUCGCAGGAAGCCAGGAUCCCCUUGGAGAUGGUGUACGUGGGGAAGAGCAGCCCGAGGGACCGCGUGAAGAAAGCCGUGACGGUGAUCGCCAACGAGAAGCUGAGCGGCUACUGGCAGGACCCGGUGAUGAUGUGGUUCUUCUGGACGCGGCUGGAGAGCAUGUGGUACUCCAAGAUGCACCACGGCAAGACCGUCGAGAACGACCCCAUCGUGCAGGAGGUGCUGACGAUGCUGAGCUUCGACGGCAGCGACGACGGGUGGGCGGUGGUCAGCCGGGGUUCGGUGGAGAUGGUGAAGGCGCAGGGGAAGAUGAUCAACAACUGCCUCGAGACGUUCGACAAAUGGAAGGUGAGGGUGGAGGAGGAGGGAUUCAUCCCGGCCCUGACGAACGCGCUGCAGCCGUUCCACACCCCGGAGCACUGCACCCGCCUCAUCCUUCCCGGAGACACGGGCAGGAUCACGGAGCAGGUGGUGUGCGCGGAGUGCAAGCGCCCCAUGGAGAAGUUCGUCCUCUACCGCUGCUGUAAUGAAUAGAGAUGACGGGGUUGGCCGACGGCAAGCUUGGAUUGAGGUCGUAGUGGAUUCACAAUAAAGAUGUGUGGGAGAGAAGUCUGUAGCUUUCUCUUUACUUUGUUUUCUGGUGUCUUCGAAUUCAGUGCCUGCCCUGUGAGUGAGUCUGCUCUCGAGUACGGCAUUGGUCGUCAACCUUCUCAGCUUUGUUUCCAAUAAUAAAACCAGUUGUCUUGUUCUUUA